AUGGGCAAAGAUGCGGGCUACAGCCGGUGGAAGGUACUUGCGAGUACGAGCUGUGCGCUGGUAGGAGCUUACUAUAUCUAUGAUCUCCCGGCAGCAACCAACAAACCGCUAGAAAGUUGGUUGAAGGUUGAUCCUGCUGAAUAUCAGUAUGCCUUGAGCUUCAUGUACACCAUCUACUCCAUUCCAAACAUCAUUUUGCCCUUCAUCUGUGGAUUUGCUAUGGACAGAAUCGGUACCACGGCCAUUUUCGUUAUUCUUCUAGCUCUAGUAGCUAUAGGCCAAUUCUGUUUUGCUAUUGGCGUCAACUUGAAAUCGCUAUCAAUAAUGUACCUGGGACGAUUCUUGCUUGGUAUUGGAGCUGAAAGUGCUGGAGUUGCUCAAAGUCGAAUAACGUCAAACUGGUUUGGAAGUAAAGACCUUGCUCUAGCUCUCGGGAUAAACCUUUCAACAGCUAGAUUUGGAUCUGUAUUGAACGAUAUAAUGAGCCCUUUAGCAGCUACGUGGGUAUCAGUCCCAUUCGCUGCUUGGGUUGGCUUUGUUGUUGCUGUCGCAUCUUUUGUGGGUUCGCUAUAUGUUUUGGUGCCGCAAAGAUCCAAUAGUGUUAGAACAGAGAUAGCAGGAGCUGAUGACGGUGAUGCAUCGUUGAUUCCUCUGGUGACGGGUGAAGGAGAUUUGACUCGUGGAAACACGUUGGAAGAUUUGCAGCCAUUCUUGACGGAUGAUGUGCCAGUGGAGGGCUCAAGAACCUUCCUGGGCAAGAUUCUCAGCUUCCCUCUAAUGUUUUGGCAAUUGUGCAUCAUACUAGUCGCCUUUUACGGUGCAGUUCUCCCAUUCAACACGAUACAUGCCGCAUUCUUGCAAGUGAGAUACUUUCCUAAUGAUCCACAAACCGCAUCGCAAGUAAUGAGCAUACCGGAUCUUCUAUCGGCCAUAUUGGUACCAUUGAGUGGUGCCGUCGUUGACUAUACUGGUGGUAGAAUCACUGUAUUGGUCUUGUGUGGAGCUUCAAUGGGAAUCGUGCAUUUUUUACUUGGAGUAGGGCUGUUGUCGACUCCUAUAUUUGCAUUAAUCGUACUGGGGGUUGCAUAUAGCUUCCUCAUUACAACAUGGGCGUGUAUACCGUUAAUUGUCGAGGAGAAACAGCUAGCUACUGCAUUUGGUCUUGCAACAUCUAUAAUGAACGCUUCUCAAGCUCUUUUUCCGAUGAUGGUCGCUGGAGUAGCAGUCGCCGUGGUGAUGUAUCGUAUAGAUAGAGAGGGACUUUUGUGUCGGGUUGGAUCUAAAUUAACUGUGUAA